AUGAAGAUCACUCUGUUUUUUGGUAUGGCAUUAAUCACUUAUGCCUGUGCGCAAGUGUAUAGGCCGCCUAGAUUCAGUCAACCAAGGUCUAGGAUAGGCAAGAGAGACGUGACUUGGGAUAAAAAAGUUGGAGACGGAAAAAUCUUUGGUACUUUAGGAAGCGAUGACUCCGGCCUUUUCGGUAAAGGAGGCUAUAAGCAAGACAUCUUCAACGACGAUCGCGGUAAACUUCAAGGCCAGGCUUACGGUUCCAGGGUGCUAGGACCAAACGGUGACGUCAGCAGCUUCGGUGGUCGCUUGGAUUUCACUGACAAGAACUCACAAGCUUCCUUAGACGUCAAUAAGCCAAUCGGUGGACGACCUAGUGUGACAGGUACAGGUUCAGGAGUAUGGAACUUCGAUAAGAAUACCAGGCUAUCUGCUGGCGGUACAAUCACCCAAGAGCUGGGCCGUGGUAAACCAGAUCUUGGUUUAAAAGCACAAUUCCAGCACGACUUUUAA